CAGCGACCGGUUGACCGAAGGAGAAGAGAUAAUUUUACAGAGAGUUUUCUUUGUUGUGAGCUUCUCAGCUACCGGGGAUUGGUCGGUGAACAUCUUCAGCUUCAAACCUAAGCAAAGCUGCAAUCAGUGUUCAGCACAAGGCAUCGGGCGAACACAGUCUUAGUCCUGCUGGUGCUGCAAGCGAUUUGUUCGGCUUGGUUGUUGGAUAGCUGCAGUCAUGGCAUCAAUCAUGCGCUAUUCUGAUGCGGCUAUAAUUUUGUGUGCCAUGCUACUGAUCGGUUGCACUGCGCAUCCUCUACACAACCAGAGGAGAAUCGAGACAUCUCUGGUUGGGAAUGACACGUUGUCUACUUCCUCAGGCCACACAAUGGCUUACAGUGACAGGACUGGAGAGUCAGUGGAGAACGUUUCUGCAGAGAAUGCUGGUAGUGGCGGCAUAUUUGGUGAUGAUCCUAGCUUGGACGGGGAAAGCAUUCCAGAUUCUGACAAGGUUGAGCACCAUCGUACAGCGCGAUCCAUCAGCAAUGUGCCUGCUGCGACCGAUGCUACAUGGCCAGACGGCAAAGUUCUCUUCAAGUUGGAGGACUACAGCCAUAUAAAGUUGAGCAUUGUCAAGCGCUUCUACAACACAUUUCGGGCUGCCAUCAGACAUAUUGAGGAGCGUUCUUGUGUUCGAUUUUAUCGUCAUGUCAAUGCUGCUGCUCAAGGUAAUACCUACGCGAUUAUACAGCUGCAGCCAAACAGCAUUGACUGCUUUACACCUGUGGGCAAGCAGCAGGGUGUAAUGUAUAUGCACGUUGGAGAACCGUGCUUGACUGAGGUAGGUUAUAUGGUUCAUCAGCUGCUCCACCUCGCUGGCCUAUAUCACAUGCAUCAGAGAUCCGACCGCGAUCAGUACGUGCGUAUUUUCUGGCAGAACAUCUUGCCAGUCGGGAUGCAGUAUUUCUCGAAGUAUUCUACGCCCGAACCUGGUAGCAUUCCAGACAACAUGCGCUAUGACUAUGGAAGUAUCAUGCAUUACGGGAAAAGCACAUACGGCACGAACCAGACUCACGCCAUAACAAUGUUACCACGCCAACAAGGUAUCAAGAUUGGCCAGCGUAAGGCGAUGAGCCAGAUUGAUAUCAACAUACUCAACGCGUUAUACCAGGGUGAGUGUACGUUUGUUAACAAGACACGCUCAGUUCAGAAGUAUAUCCAGUUUGAACAGCGUAUCUCCAUUGCCCUGCCCAACAGACGCUGGUUGCGAUGUGAGAACAGUUGGAGUGGCCUCUGUCAGCGGCGACCAUGUCAACAAUUGCUGCAUCCCAUUGCAUCCAGGUAUGGAAAUUGCAGAGCGUCGGAAUUCUACCUCAGACAGGUGAGUGGUUCAAGCAGUAAUGCCGAGGAGAUCUUGCGUAAUGGAGAUCAGGUAUACCUAAUGGUGAGACAAUCCGUAUUGCCAGCAGGCCAGCAGCCCUUUCCGCUUCAAUGCCGUCGUUCCAGGUACGGUGAGUUUGCAUGCAAACCCGUGGAACAUGGACCGGGUACUGCGUUGAUUGUACAUGCCCUGAAGGCCACCAGUAGCCGAGAGUUGAUCAGUGAGGAAAGUGAAAUUGCCCUUUGCUUCAACUUACACGAUCACUAUUGGUGCUUCUAUUGCCCAAACUUUGACAUUUCGUUGACCCACAACUGUGAACCACGCAUUUGUGACAAUGGGCCCGACAACUGUAUCAUCAACGACCCCGACGCCCCAGUUCUCAUUCCCAUGACAAUCCGUCAGUGGCGCAACCACGAACAUCCCAACGCCGUGCAGUACAAGCGUACCAUCUCACUGCGGCGUGGACACGGACGUUGGUUGGGCGUUCAUCGCUAUUUCCACUGCUCAAACUCUAGCUGCAGUACCGAGCUGACGCCCCAAUGUCUGAGAGGACAGACGAGCAGUACUCCUCCCGUUGCUGGCCAAACAUACUCCUCACAGAUUUGCGACGAGGGCGUUUUCCAAUUUAUGCCAGAGAAUGAUGUCAUGCCAGAUGAUGGUCUUCUCCGAUAUGAAGACACAGUCAGCCUAGUCACAGCUCGAGGUCAGCGAAAGAGUCUUUUGUGUCCCAGUGUCAACGCAUCGUGCUAUUUCGGAUCAUGCCCAAGUAAUGCCAAGCAAUGUGAUGCAUCCACAUUCAUUGUACGCCAGUCUGCCGGUUUUCACCUCACCAAUGAUGAUGGCAAGCCAGUUCCAUCUGAUGACCGUGUAGCUUUGUGCAGAGAGGCCAGCGUUCAGCCACUACAGUAUGAUUUAUGUCUGUCCUGCGGACGCGAUAGCUCCUCCAGUGCUGAAAGACUUCCUUGUAAACUCGUGAGGGCAAAGAAGCAAGACAGAAAUGCCUUUCAUGCCUCGAAUUUCUUCGUCUCGCAGUGGCGGCUUCUAUUAUCCUGAACAAUGAAAAGUGUUAUUUUUCGCUGGCUGAGCGUAGCGAAUGAAACGAAAAAAUUAUUUUUUUGCCAGCAUUUUUACCAUAGUUACGGCACCAGGAUUGCGUCAGCUGAUUUUUUGUCAGUGUUCUAAAACUUUACUCUUCAUCGUGGUCUUUCUCUUUUCGUUGUAUUUUCCCACCCGCCCUUCCCUUUAUUCUCACUUUUGGAUAGGUCCUGCAGGCUACGUUAAUUUCAUUUAUCUGCUGGGGAUAUUCUAACCGGUUUUUCCUCAGGGUUGUGCCUCCGCCGGGGUCCUGGGGUUUUUCCCGCCAGCUUCGGGCUGGUUAAUCAUCCGGCGGCCCCAUUCACCACAGUGGUUCACUUUUUGCAUCAUGUUGGUCAGGUACAUAUGUGUACAUGUAUAUGCGUGAGGUGGCGGCAUGCCCUUCUUCUUGCUCAUGUACACACUACGCUAAGCUCUUCCAUCUUCC